AUGUCCGGAGCGGCGCCCGACGCCGAGUCCGGCCGAGAGGGCUUCACCUGCAGCGCGCUGCUCGUGUGCCUCUACCUGCCGGGCCUGUCCAAGAAGAAGCCGGAGGAGGCGAUCAGCACCAGCCCGCCGACAGCAGAGACGGCACCGGACCGGCCUGCCGAGCAGCAAGAGGCCCCGUACGCGCCGAGCCGUGCCGCGUCGCUGGAGAAGUCUGAGUGCGCGUCGCUCUACUCCCGCAACAACAUCGUCUUCGACUUCGUCGUGGAGGAAGUGGAUCAGGCGCCAGCCCAGGCGGCGAUCCAUGGGUACUGCCCGUCCUCGUGCUUCGACCUGCCCGUGGAGCUGAUAAGGGCCGGCGAACGAUUUGGCGGCGUCGCCGCUGACAGCGAGGCGACGACGCCUGCCACGGCCGCGUUCGUGUUCGACGACGGCCAGCGAGGGGGCGCUUUGAAGAAGAUGGCGUCGUGCCUGGCACCCGGCGUCGACGCCAGCAGCGAGCCUCGGUCGCCGCACCUCCUGAGGUUCUUGUCUGCGUCCUGUUGUUCUAGCGUGCCGCGGCCUCUCGUGAUGCCAUCCCGUGACGCGCCGCAGGGUGAAUCGGUGAUGGUGCCAGCGUGCAAUGCAACGAAUGGCGGCUGUCUGUCGUGA